ACGCAUGUAAUCUCAAAUCUCUCACUCUGUCUCGCACUUUCUCUCUCUACAAAAACUAUAUCCAUCUGUACAAAAUUCUAAAUUCUCAUUCUCUCUCUGUUCGCCUGUUCGGUGCUCUCUCUCUCAUUCUUCCCUCGUUCUCUCUCCAAAAUUCUCUGAAGAAAGCAGACUGUGAAACAUUCUGGCAGUGCUGACGUGGACAGCAUUUCCGAUCACCGGUGAUUGGUUCUGCUCUCUGAGAUCGCUUUUCUGAAAGAAUCAGUUGCUUUUUUUAUAAGUAAUGGAUACAGGAUUAGGUGUGAAAAUUUGUUAUUUUUUGUUUUAUUGUUCUAAUCAGAAUGUCUUGUGAGCGACUACAAUGGAAAAUUGAAGCUUGAGUUUGAUGGUUUACGUUUCAUGAGAAAAGAUUGACGAUUAAUUUGAGCAUACUGGUUUCUUGUCAAGGUCAAUAAUGCUAUCUGAUAAUUUAUGAUCUUACGUGGAAAUAAUAUUUCCUGGAACUGCAGUUUCGUGCAAACCAGUGCUGAAAAGGUACUUACGGAGCAGAACCAGUGCUAUGAUGGCGUCAAAAUCUUGUGGAAAUUUCUUGGGUUUGGCCUCUGGGGAAUUGCUGGAUGUUCCUCAAACUCCUAGAGGUCUUCCGAGGGUGAUGACUCUUCCUGGAAUUAUAUCUGACAGCAAUUUGAGCAGUGAUGUGGACUCGGAUAGCAAAUCAUCUUUUUGCUGUGAACGCAUAAUCAUAGUCGCAAACAUGUUGCCUUUGCAUGCUAAAAAGGAUAACGGGACUAGUAAAUGGCGUUUUAGUUUGGAUGAGGAUUCACUUUUAUUACAACUGAAGGAUGGAUUCCCACCUGAGACUGAAGUAAUAUAUGUGGGAUCCCUCAAAGUUGAAAUAGAAGCCUAUGAGCAGGAAGAAGUUGCACAGAGACUUCUUGAUGAAUUCAAAUGCGUUCCCACUUUUCUUCCUCAUGAUAUCCAUAAAAAGUUCUAUUAUGGUUUCUGUAAGCAACAACUCUGGCCUCUUUUUCAUUACCUGCUGCCUAUGUGUUCAGAUCAUGGUGAUCGCUUUGACAGACAGCUGUGGCAAGCCUAUGUGUGUGCAAAUAAACUUUUUGCUGAUAGAAUAAUGGAAGUAGUCAAUCCAGAGGAUGAUUUCAUCUGGGUUCACGAUUACCAUCUGAUGGUGCUUCCUACAUUUCUAAGGAAGCGUUACAAUCGAGUCAAGCUUGGGUUUUUCCUUCACAGCCCAUUUCCUUCAUCAGAGAUAUACCGAACGCUGCCUGUUAGAGAUGAGAUUCUGAAAGGAUUACUGAAUUCUGAUUUGAUUGGUUUUCACACAUUUGACUAUGCGCGGCAUUUCCUCUCAUGCUGUGGUAGAAUGCUUGGCCUGGACUACGGAUCUAAGAGGGGGCAUAUUGGACUUGAUUACUUUGGCCGCACUGUGUAUAUAAAAAUACUCCCAGUAGGUAUUCACAUGGGUAGGCUGGAAUCUGUCUUAGAUCUGCCAUCUACUUUCAACAAAGUCAAAGAGAUACGUGAACAAUUCAAGGACAAGAAGUUAAUUCUUGGCGUUGAUGACAUGGAUAUAUUUAAAGGCAUCAGCCUGAAGUUGUUAGCUUUUGAACAGCUCUUGCAGCUACAGACAGAGUUACAAGGAAAGUUGGUGUUGGUUCAAAUCGUGAAUCCUGCUAGGAGCUCCGGAAAAGAUGUCCAGGAAGCAAAAAGGGAAACAUACACAACUGCGAAAAGGAUUAAUGAGAUUUAUGGCUCCCCCGAUUAUGAACCUGUAAUCUUGAUUGAUCGUCAUGCUCCUCGCUAUGAGAAGACUGCCUAUUAUGCAGCCGCAGAAUGUUGCAUAGUUAAUGCAGUGAGGGAUGGUAUGAACUUGGUCCCAUAUAAGUAUAUAGUAUGCAGGCAAGGCUCUUUUGCCAUGGAUGAAGCUUUGGGUGUGAAACUAGAUUCUGCCAGGACUAGCAUGCUUGUCGUGUCGGAGUUCAUUGGUUGUUCUCCAUCUCUGAGUGGAGCAAUUAGGGUGAAUCCCUGGGACAUUGACUCCGUUGCUGAGGCCAUGAAUAUGGCUAUUACCAUGCCUGAUGCAGAAAAGCAACUGCGACAUGAGAAACACUAUCGAUAUGUCAGUUCUCAUGACGUGGCUUAUUGGGCUCGCAGCUUCAUCCAGGACCUAGAGAGAGCUUGUAAGAAUCACUAUGAUAAGCGUUGUUGGGGCAUUGGUUUAGGCCUGGGUUUUAGAGUUAUCUCACUUUCUCCAAGUUUUAGGAAGUUAUCUGUUCAUCACAUUGUCUCAGCAUACAAAAGGACAAGCAGAAGGGCAAUAUUUCUGGACUAUGAUGGUACUGUUGUACCUCAAUCCUCAAUUGUUAGCUCUCCGAGUCCUGAAGUGGUAAAUGUGCUUGAUGCUCUCUGUAAUGAUUCCAAUAACACAGUAUUUAUUGUUAGUGGGAGAGGAAGGAGUUCACUAAGUGACUGGCUUGCUCCUUGUGAAAUAUUGGGACUGGCUGCUGAACAUGGGUAUUUUAUGAGGUUAAACAAAAACGCUGACUGGGAAUCAUUAGCUUCUGAUCUUGAUUGGAAGGCAAUUGUAGAGCCUAUUAUGAAACUUUAUACAGAAGCAACUGAUGGAUCCUCUAUUGAGAUUAAAGAGAGUGCAUUGGUGUGGCAUCAUCAGGAUGCAGACCCCGACUUUGGCUCCUGCCAGGCCAAGGAACUGUUGGAUCAUCUGGAAAAUGUGCUUGCAAAUGAACCUGCAGUCGUUCGAAGGGGACAACAUAUCGUUGAAGUUAAACCACAAGGAGUGACCAAGGGGUUGGUUGCUGAGAAGGUGCUCUCAAUGAUGGCAAGCAAUGGUAAGGCGCCAGACUUUGUGAUGUGUAUUGGAGACGAUAGGUCGGAUGAAGAUAUGUUUGAGAGCAUAUCAAGUGCUGUCUCCGGUUCACCCCUUCCUGCAUCUCCAGAGAUAUUUGCGUGCACUGUUGGGCAAAAGCCAAGCAAGGCCAAAUAUUAUCUUGAUGAUACCGUUGAUGUCAUGAGACUUCUUCGAGGUCUUGCCAAUGCAUCGAAUCCAAAGCCUCGGGACAGCGCAGACUUCCAGGUUGCCUUUGAUAAUGUGUGCUAAAAAAAUAAGGUAGGUUAUGUAAAAUGUUCUGCUUUGGAGAAUUCUCUGUAGCUGAACAGGAAAAAGUUGAUAUAAUCAAUUUACUUUAAUAGGGUGUGUAAACUGGAAAAUGCGGGACUUUUAGGGGCCUCGGCUGUCUGUUGGUUAGCUUUAGUGUAGAAAGCAUCUGUUGGGCAAAAGGUGUAGCUUUGCGGACGUUGAUGGCUGCCUAAUCGUUAAAAGGCACCAUUCAUUUUGUAUAGUAAAUAUUUCUCUUGUUUGGUUCGUGAUUUCAGCACAUCUCUCCCUGUUUAUGUUAAUAACUGUAUAGCAAUCUUGAUAUCAUCUCAUAUCUCAUGUAAACAUGCAUGUAUGUUGUACGAAGUUUGCCGUUAGAUGGUACA